AACCAAUGUGAGAAAAUAUAGACACAAGAGAGCGAGAGAGAGAGAGAGAGAGAGAGAGAGAGAGAGAGAGAGAGAGAGAGAGAGAGAGAGAGAGAGGAAAACCACUGAACAAACGUGACAGAAAGAGCGAAACAACAAGACACAGUAACUCCUCCCGCCCCCACACACACACACAGAGGAUGGGGUCAGGCAGCAGCAAGGCGGGGGGCGGCAAGGGGAAGGACAGCUACCUGGAGGAGGAGCUGAAGGAACACCAGGGAAGCAUCAACUGUCUGGUGCUUUCUGAAGACUGCUCGCUUCUUGUCACAGGCUCCGACGACGCCACCGCCAGGAUGUGGAGCGCACUUACCGAGCCGCCCGAGUGUUUGGGGGUGUUAAGCGGUCACCAGGGGCGGGUCACGAGUGCGGCGAUGGGCAACACUUAUGUCUUCACGGGGGGCAUCGACACCACCAUCAGGAAGUGGGACAUGUGCACCUCAGAGUGUUUGUAUACGUAUAAAGGUCACGUGCAGCAGAUCAACCGUCUUCUGUGCUCCGGGGACUUCGUUAUCUCUACCUCCUACGACAAGACGAUCAGGGUGUGGCUUAUUGAGGCAGACGACGCGAUGAGUGUGGACGAAGUGUGCCUCAGAGUACUGGAGGGCCACCAGCGUGCAGUGUACCCCGUGGUCUUCAUCCCAGGCAAGGACACGGGCGGUCUGAACGAGGAGGGCCUGCGCAUUAACCCUGGGGACUUGUUGAUCACUGGCAGCAUGGACACGACGGCGCGCUCCUGGUCUCUCGAUAUGGGCAUGUGUCUGAAGGUGUUUCGGCAUCACACUGGAGCCGUCACCUGCAUGGACACGGAUGAAUCUGGCAGGUUCUUGUACACUGGAAGCCACGACCGUCAAGUUAUCAUUUGGAAUAUUGUCUCAGGAAGGAGUCUGAAGGUUCUGGAUGGGCACAAGGACGCCAUCACGUGCCUCAAAGUGGUGAACCGCCUUAUGUACACGGGCAGCGCAGACUCCACGGUCAAGUGUUGGGUUCGUGAGUACGGGGACUGCACGAGAACCUACAGACAGAGCAAUGCGGAGGCCAGUGUUGUGUGUGUCAGCUUCCACGGCGGAUAGGUGAUGUUCGUUGGUUACACUGACUGCACCGCUAAAGCCUUCGACGCCAAAAGCAGCUCAAUGAAGAGGGAGUUUCGAGGCCACAGCGACGCCGUGAAUCACCUGGUUGUUACUGCGGGGCGCCUCUACACAAGCAGCUCGGACGGCGCCUUGAGGGUGUGGGACGCUUCCGGGAUGAGCGACCAGAUCACCACCACGCGCCACGACAACUCAGACCUGCGUGACCUGGACCGAGAGCUGGACUUGGAGCUGGACCAGUAUUUGGAUGACCACAAUGGCGACCUCCCCAAGGCCAUCCCGGAGCCUUGACGUGCGAGACAAGAAUCCCUUAAUAUUUUUGGUUGUUCAUUAUUACUUUCUUUAUUAUAUGCUUUUAUUUUCUUAACUUUUUCGCUCUGUUUCUGUCUCUGUCUCUGUCUCUGUCUCUGUGUCUCUGUCGCUCUUUCUAUCUGUCUGUCUGUCUCUCUCUCUCUCUCUCUCUCUCUCUCUCUCUCUCUCUCUCUCUCUCUCUCUCUCUCUCUCUCUCUCUCUCUCUCUCUCUCUCUCUGUGUUUUCAAGGCAUAAUUGGACAAUAAGAUCAAUCUUUAAUGUAUGACUUGGCGUGAGCACACACACACACACACACACACACACACACACACACA